AGACCACGACUACAUACAUUAAACUCAAGAAGCGGUUUUCGUCGACGACGCUGCAAUCAGUUUUCACCGAGCCGUCUUUUCUUAAUAACUUUCAGUUGUUUCGAGCAUGUUGUCUGGAUCAAUUGCUGUGCUUUUCUUGGUGGGUCUCUUUUCGCCAGUUUUAGGCCAGAGCACUACUACGUUAGCACCCUCGCCCUCAGUAAAUAUGAGCCCUUCUGCAAUGCCCGACCAAACAACAAAUGCUGGACCAUCCAGCACAAUGUUGCCAGUGGUACAAACUUCCCAAACAUCAACUAGUACACCACCUCCCAAAACAACAACUCCUGGGGCACCUCCACCGUCUUCAACCCCGGGAACAUCCAUGGCCACUUCAGCUGGGGCACCUUCACCGUCUUCAACCCCAGGAACAUCCAUGGCUACUUCAACUUCUGUGAUAACGCCAGAAAAACCAAGUUGUGUCACAGUUAGCUUCAUAGCUGAACGAGCUUGGAAUGCUUCAUUAUUAGAGAGCCAAUCAGCCCCAUACAAUGAAACCAGCGAAGAGAUAUCGAAAGCGAUAAAGAAUCUCUUCAGUGAAUCCAGUAAACACCAGGAUGUAGAGGUAUCAGAACAAAAGUAUUCCGAAAAAGAUGGUGUUACGUUCGUAAAGGUGAAACUGUGUUUGGUUGUGAAGACUAGCGACGGUACUCUUAUACACGACGUGAUCAUAGAUAAAGUGAAGAGUGGUUACCUCGCGGAGGGGUUUAAAGUAAAAAAGGAUAGCUUUGAGUUUAAUCCACUGGGGGUUGAAUUCAAGGAUUGGAAAGCUAAAGAUGGCGAAUGCGAUAAGUGCGAUGGAGCCGCUGGAGAGUUUACUAUCGAGGGCACAUGUGUGCCUAAGGAUCGGAGCUGUAAAGGAGUGAAGAACACGAAAAUGACAGAUGACUGUGUGACCUAUUGUGAUUCAAGCGCGGGAAGUUACACAGCAGUUUCCUUCCUCAUCUUGGCAAUGGGGAUCUUCUUUUCUUUCAGGUAAAAGCUUAAUUUUAUCGUAAUACUCCAGGGCAUCACCUUGGUGUAACCUGAAUUAGCACCUAUCUAGUGAACUCGACGAACUCCUUUGCCCCAACGUAAUUCAAAAGUUAUCAAUUUUAAAGAGGCUCUAUGUAAACCAGUCUAAAAACAAAAUAAAUUAUUUCGGUUUGGGAAAUUAUUUUCACUCGUCAUAAUAAUGAUUUGCUAAUUUAGUAAUUUACCAAAGAGAUGAUGGAAGUCCAUAUUGAAAAAUAUGCCUGGUUAAUAUCAGUGGAACAACAAACCACUAAUUAUUUUCACAGAGCGUAGAGGACGAUCAUUAAAACUUGUCAUCAUUCAACUUGGUAA